AUGUCUCCUCAAGUUCAGCUCUUUUUGCUGCUGCUCGUCUGCGUGACUUUACCCGUGUAUGGCGUGGAAAAGGUGAGAAGUAGAGGAUACCGAAAGGAUCCUGACGCUGACAAGUAUGGCAGCUGCAUGCAAGGUCCAGCAGGAACACCCGGGAGAGAUGGUAACCCCGGCGCAAAUGGCAUCCCGGGGACACCGGGCAUUCCUGGACGUGACGGCCUCAAGGGUGAGAAGGGAGAAUGUGUCAAUGAGAUCUUCGAAGAACCCUGGAGGCCCAACUACAAGCAGUGUGCCUGGAACUCCUUGAAUUAUGGGAUCGACUUGGGAAAAAUUGCAGACUGUACGUUCACCAAGCUGAGAACAGACAGCGCCCUGAGAGUUCUUUUCAGUGGCUCCCUCAGACUCAAGUGCAAGAACGCAUGUUGCCAGCGGUGGUACUUCACCUUCAAUGGAGCAGAGUGCACAGCACCACUUCCCAUAGAGUCCAUCAUAUAUUUGGACCAGGGCAGUCCAGAGCUCAACUCCACCAUCAAUAUCCACAGAACAUCUUCAGUGGAAGGACUGUGUGAGGGUGUCAAAGCAGGGUUGGUGGACGUGGCUGUAUGGGUGGGGACCUGCGCUGACUAUCCCCGUGGCGAUGCAUCCACGGGAUGGAAUUCAGUUUCCAGGAUUAUCAUCGAAGAGCUUCCAAAAUGA